AUGUCUGGUGACGACAUUGCUCCAUGUCUCGAAGAGUUCAACGAGGAGAUCCGAGAGACAUUGGAGAAACUUGAGGAAGAAAAAAAGAGAAGCAAAGAGAUCCAAAAGGAAAAGGAAGAGAGAAAAAUGAAGGGACUGUUUUGGUGGGAUGACCCUAUUGAUAAUAAUAUGGGAAUUGAGGAACUUGAAGCUUAUGCUAAAGCCUUGGAGGAGUUAAGGAAUAAUGUGGCUAAUAGGGCUAGUGCAUUGUUGGAAGAUGUUUUUGCCAUGUCGACUGCCAUGACGGUGGCUAAUCCUGAUGGUAUGGGCAACAGUUUCGCCGUCCAAAACAGUGGCUUUGCCGUCGGAGACACCGGAGGGUACGAGGAUUUCAAUCCAGGUGUUGAAGGGUGGGUUUAG